AUGGUUUCAUCCUUACAAUUGCUGUCCAGUGGUUCUAAGAAGUUUGAUGACGCAAAACUAUAUAGAAUUGUGGUAGGAACAUUGCAAUACUUGUGUAUCACACGGCCAGACAUAUCUUUUGCAGUAAGCAAGAUAAGUCAAUUUAUGCAAUGUCCUUUGCUUGCUCACUGGAAGGUAGUAAAGAGGCUGUUAAGGUAUCUGCAAGGCACAAAAGAGCAUGGAAUUUUGAUCCAUCCAAGCACAGAUUAUAGGCUUUAUGGGUUUGCUGAUGCAGAUUGGGCAGCAGACUUGGAGGAUCGAAGGAAGCAGACCACGAUCAGUAGAAGCUCAACAGAGGCAGAAUUCAGGAGUCUAGCUGCCUAUGAAGGGGAGUUGGUCUGGUUAACAAAUUUACUUGCUGAAUAG